AUGCUCCAAAAGCUUCAGCGACUUCAACACACCCUUGCAUUGGACAAACUCCCACCGCUCGUUAUACUCCCAUUCCACCGUAAAUGGUCCAUUGAUGGGUCAUUAAUUAAAUCAGACAGUUAAGUAAGGGCUCCAAAUUGCAGUGUUCUUGAACUAUCCCCCUGCUCAGUUGGGAUCUUAGUUGAUCGUGGCAGUUUAAGCCACUCAACGGUUUCAUCAGAGGCAUCCUACUCUAUUGCUGUGAUCUUCAUAGGAGGUAAUGAUGAUAGAGAGGCAUUGAUGUUUGCGAAACGCAUGGCCAAUGACCCAAACAUCAGCCUGACUGCAAUUCGCUUUGUUGACUCUUGCGGCAAUGAAGUUGUUAGCAGCUGGGACAAAAUGAUCGACUCUGAGAUAUUGAAGGAUGUGAAGCUUAACAAUGUGGGUGAUGCAUAUGUGAUAUACAUUGAGCAGUUGGUGAAAGAUGGGCCUCAGACGGCAUUGAUUGUUCGCUCUAUGGUGGACGAGUAUGAUCUUAUUAUAGUAGGUAGAAGGCAUAACAUAGUGUCACCUCAGACAUCAGGGCUUGCAGAAUGGAAUGAAUUCCCAGAGUUGGGGAUAAUUGGAGACUUGCUCGCCUCAUCAGAUAUCAGUAGCAGAACUUCUGUUUUUGUGGUGCAACAACAAAAACAGAGGAUUGCUGUUGGACGAAGAAAUUAA